CGAUUCCAGAUCAAACGCCACAAACUAAAAAAUAAAAAAAAAAUCGGAAGAAUAGAGAGAGAGAGAGAGAAAAAGAACGAUGAGAGCCUCCCCGAGCGCGCCCACCUCCCACGGCUCCGGCUAAAACCCUAGAGCGCGCGCGCGCGAGCGCGGAUGCCCCUCGCUCUCCUCGCCCGCGCCGCUCUCUCCUCCACCUCCUCCUCCAUCGCCAUGGCCACCACGCGCUCCUCCUCCUCCAGGGUGCUUCGUGCCUCCCGUGCGGAGCUCAACCCAGGUGCUAAAGAAGUGAAACGUGAAUCCAGUGUUUCUUUUGACUUGACCAAAACUGAAGCGGUUGCUUCCAUGAGAAGCAAAAAUGUGAAACGGGUGCUUGAAGUAACUGGGGAAAAUAUUAAGAAAGAGGUUGAUAUCGUUCCUGACAUUGAAGAUUUUCGAUAUGGCAAGGCAUCGCCAUCUUUAGUUAGGUUGGAGAAAAAGGUGAGAGUUUCAUCUGCUAUAAAAGUUGGAGCUCCAGAAAAUUGGGAGGCAAUCCUUAAGGGUAUUAAAAACAUGAGGUUAUCUGGCGAGGCCCCUGUAGAUACAAAGGGCUGUGAAAAAGCUGGUUCUCUUCUUCCACCCAAGGAAAGGAGAUUCGCAGUUUUGAUAUCAACCAUGAUGUCAAGCCAAACAAAAGAUGAAGUUACACAUGCUGCUGUUGAACGUCUAUCUGAGAAAGGUUUACUUGAUCCGGAUGCUAUUGUCCGAACAGAUGAGGCCACACUAGCGAAUCUUAUCAAACCUGUUGGAUUCUAUCAGAGGAAGGCCAAAUUCAUAAAAGAAGCUUCUAAAAUUUGCCUUGAACGUUUUGGAGGGGAUAUUCCAGAUUCUCUGAAUGAGCUUCUUGCUCUGAAAGGAGUUGGUCCUAAAAUGGCUCAUCUGGUGAUGAGCAUUGCAUGGAAGAAUACUCAGGGAAUUUGCGUUGACACUCAUGUACAUCGCAUAUCUAACCGUCUUGGGUGGGUUUUCCGAGAGGGAACAAAACAGAAAACUACAACACCCGAGCAAACAAGAAUGUCUCUUGAGAAGUGGCUACCAAAGGAUGAGUGGGAACCUAUCAACCCAUUACUGGUUGGAUUUGGGCAAACAAUCUGUACUCCACUUAGGCCCAAAUGUGACAUGUGCGGCAUAAACAACAUCUGCCCUUCAGCUUUCAAGGAAUCAUCAAGCCCAAAUCCAAAGCAAAAGAAAAUGAGGUCAUCUUAGAACUUUUUGGCAGGGAUGCCUUGUGUACUUUGUGUACAUGCAUUAUUUACUGACCUGCUAGUGCUGGAAUGCUCUUCUAAAAGGUUGGCAUAUUUAUUGCCUGGAUGACCUUCCUGCAGCCAUCUAUCAUUUUGUAUAGCCAUUAUGUAGCAUUUUGUAUAGCCGUAAUCUAUUGAGACAAUGGGUAGGGACACAUUGAUCUUGCCAGUUAUUUAUUAUGGGCAAACAACUGGCACUUGGUAGGAAAAAGCUUUUGUAAACAGUAUAACUAGAACAAAACGGAGGACGUUCAUCAAUUACCCUGCAUUUGCCUCUGUUUAUUGCAGA